AUGAUCUGCAUCGAUAACGUGGGGGGCCGAGCACUGCUCGUGGGCGGUGUGGCGGCAUGGCUAACGGCCAUAUCCACCGGAAAAGACUGGCUUACGAAGGACUAUUUGUUCGUGCUGGCUGUCGUGGGUGUUGUAUUGGUCGGCAGUUUCCGCAAGGCAAAAUACGAGCGACUGGCGCUACAUGAAAAGCUGCAGCGAGCACACGAUCUCGAAAAGGUUGAGUUCAUAUACGGCGACCCCGUGCAGCUGGAGAUGAACAAAGUAACCUGUAUUCUGUUCUUCGGGACAUGGUGCAAGAAGUCUCGUGAAGCUCUGGAAGUAUUCGGGUAUCUCCAUGAAGCGGUGUCAUCCGCAGGGACUGUGCAAUUUGUCGGAUUAACACAGGAAUCUCGCGAAGAAUUGGCAAUGUACGAAGUCAAAGGCCGCAAUGCUAGCAACUUCCGCGAGCUCAAAGAGUUCGCCUUCAGUAUCGGUAUCGAAACUGGUUUUAUGAGCAAAGAAUACCUCGUGCGAUGCGACCUCUUCACGGUGCCGCAACUGUUCAUCGUUGGUAAAAACAAGAGCAUCGUGUGGUACGGCGAUCCGUGCGCCAAGGCUGUUGAGACACAAAUUCGUGCAGCUAUUGAACAGGACGAUGUGAAAGAGAUAAAUACAACCAAGACUCUGCCUGACGCAUAUGAGAAAGAAGGAACACAACAAAGUAGUGCAGCCUAA